CAUGUUGAAUCGACUCUCAGCGCUGAGAUCGAAGGAACUGCAGCCCGCCAUUGUGUAGAAUCUAAGCUCUGUAGAGAGAGAGGGGCACUUGGCUAACUAUUAAAUAGACAUUUCUCACACCCUGUUGCUUGAAUAAGAAACUAAUUAAAUUACAAAGCCUCCAGGGAGAAAGACAUGUCAGCCAGCAGCCUUCUUGAACAGAGACCGAAAGGCCAAGGAAAUAAAGUGCAAAACGGAGCUGUGACCCAAAAGGAUACUUUGAAUGAUGAUGAGUUUGAGCCUUACCUGAACACCCAGGCUAGACAGAGCAAUGCCUAUACGGCCAUGUCGGAUUCCUACAUGCCCAGCUACUACAGCCCCUCCAUUGGCUUCUCCUACUCCCUCAACGAGGCAGCAUGGUCCACUGGUGGAGACCCUCCCAUUCCCUACCUGGCGUCCUAUGGACAACUGAGCAAUGGGGAGCACCACUUCCUCCCGGACGCCAUGUUUGGCCAGCCUGGCCCCCUGGGAAACAACCCUUUCCUGGGACAGCAUGGUUUCAAUUUCUUCCCCAGUAGCAUCGACUUUUCUGCCUGGGGGAGCAGCAGCUCUCAGGGACAGUCCACACAGAGCUCUGGCUACAGCUCCAACUAUGCUUACGCCCCCAGCUCACUAGGGGGUGCCAUGAUCGACGGACAGUCACCCUUCGCUGCCAAUGAGCCCCUCAACAAGGCCCCUGGCAUGAACAGCCUGGACCAGGGCAUGGCUGGGCUUAAGAUUGGUGGUGGUGGGGAUAUGGCCCCCAAGGUGGUGGGCUCAGGUCUCCCUGGAGGGGGGCCCCUCAGCCAGGUCACUGGAGCCCCCAUCAUGCCCCCUGUGUCCAUCGCCCCCGCGAAGGCCGCCUCCUGGGCGGACAUUGCUAGCAAGCCGGCCAAGCCGCAGCCCAAGCUGAAAACCAAGGGAGGCAUGGCUGGGACCAACCUGCCACCUCCCCCUAUCAAACACAACAUGGACAUCGGCACUUGGGAUAAUAAGGGGACCAUGCCUAAAGCUUCCACCCCCCAGCAGGUUCCCCUCCCCACCAACGGCCAGCCACCCCACCAGGCCUCCCCCCAGCCUGGCUCCACCCCUGGAGGGACCCCACAACUGCCCCUAAGCAACGGACAGUUGGUUGGUCCCCCCCCCAUCCACAUGGGGCAGCACCAGCUACCUCCUAAUGGGCAGCCGGUGAUGGGGGUUCCUAUGCAGCCUGUCUCCCAGGGUCCACCCCCUUCUCAGCCCUCCCAACCCUCUCGAUGGGUUCCUCCUCGGAACCGUGCCAACGGGUUUGGGGAUGCAGGGGGCGGGGUGGGGCAGUCGCCUCCUAACUGUGGAGUAGGAGGUGGGGUGGUGGUGCCCUCGGAGCCUCAUCCUGUCCUGGAGAAGCUGCGCCUGGUCAACAACUACAACCCCAAGGACUUUGACUGGAACCCUAAGCAGGGGCGUGUGUUCAUCAUCAAGAGCUACUCCGAGGACGACAUCCACCGCUCCAUCAAGUACAACAUCUGGUGCAGCACGGAGCACGGCAACAAGCGUCUGGACGCUGCCUACCGCUCGCUGGGCGCCAAGGGCCCCCUAUACCUGCUCUUCAGCGUUAACGGUAGUGGCCACUUCUGCGGCGUGGCGGAAAUGCGCUCGCCGGUGGACUACAACACGUGCGCAGGGGUGUGGUCACAGGACAAGUGGAAGGGCCGGUUUGAUGUGCGUUGGAUUUUCGUUAAGGACGUUCCCAACAGCCAGCUGAGGCACAUCCGACUGGAGAACAACGAGAACAAGCCAGUCACCAACUCCCGAGACACCCAGGAGGUGCCCCUGGACAAGGCUAGACAGGUGCUGAAGAUCAUUGCCGGGUACAAGCACACCACCUCCAUCUUCGACGACUUCUCCCACUAUGAGAAGCGUCAGGAGGAGGAGGAGAGUGUGAAAAAGGUGGAAGUCCAGGGGAGCGAUCCUUACUCCAGUAACCCCAGCAACAGGAGUCAUUACCGACUUCAGGAGCGCCAAGGACGUGUCAAGUAACAGUCGGUACUGUGGG